AUGAAAUCCACUGUUGAAUCCGAUGCAAUCAUGAAGUCUUCGGAAUCUGUGUUGACACCUUAUCAUGGAAACUCAAAGAAACGAAAAGGUGUUAUGAAUCACAUCUCGGAGAAUGAUUACCACCUAGAGGAUAAUUCAAUGUCUGAUGAUCAUCACAAUCCUAUGAAAAACAAUACUAAAUCGAAAGAGGAAUAUAAAGUCGUUAAAAGUUUACCCAACACGGCCAAAAAAACAAAACUUUCAUCGAAUGAAAAAUAUUUAAAAAUUCAACAAGAAAGAAAGUCUCUUCCAAUUUACGGUGCUCGAGAAGCAUUAAUUGAUGAAUUUAAAAAAAGUAAAACCAUUGUAGUGGUUGGUGAGACUGGUUCAGGAAAGACAACUCAAAUCCCACAAUUCAUUUUUGAGAGCGGAAUUUGUGGAGAGGGAUGUGUUGCAAUUACACAACCAAGAAGAGUUGCUGCAAUUUCAAUUUCUAGACGUGUUUCAGAGGAAAUGAAUGUAAAACUAGGAGAACAAGUUGGAUACACUAUUCGUUUUGAAGAUGUGUCACAUCCACAAAAAACAAGAAUUAAGUAUUUAACUGACGGUAUGCUACUCAGAGAGUCACAAAUAGAUCCACUUCUUAAACGAUAUUCUGUUAUUAUUCUUGACGAAGCUCACGAAAGAACUUUGCAUACUGAUGUACUUUUUGGAGUUGUGAAACGGCUGUUGAGCCAACGAGAUGAUUUAAAAGUGAUCAUCAUGAGUGCCACCUUAGAAGCCCAGGCUUUCUCUAAAUUCUACGACAAUGCCAAGAUUUUAUAUGUUUCUGGUCGUCAAUUUCCUGUAGAAAUAUUGUAUACAGAACAACCAAUCGCUGACUAUGUGGAUGCUGCAAUUACAACAACUUUUCAAAUCCACUUGGACGAACAAACAGAGCAAGGAGAAUCUAAAGGAGAUAUUCUCGUUUUUUUAACAGGUCAAGAAGAAAUCGAACAAGUGGCCAAAUUGUUGGAGCAAAAAGCAAAACUUCUUCCUCCAGAGUCACUUAAGUUAAUGGUAUGUCCCAUCUUCUCUGCAUUACCAUCAGAGAAACAAAUGGAAGUGUUUGAACCUGCUCCCGCUGGUUGUAGAAAAGUCAUCCUUGCAACCAACAUUGCAGAAACCUCCAUUACCAUCAAUGGUAUUCGAUUUGUCAUCGACACAGGUUUUGUGAAAUCAAAGGCCUUCAAUCCUCUCAAUGGUAUGGAGUCGUUAGCACUCACUCCAAUUUCCAAAGCCUCUGCUCGUCAACGAUCUGGUAGAGCUGGACGUGAAUCGAGCGGCAAAUGUUAUAGAUUGUAUACUGAGGAGGCUUAUCAUUCUCUUGAUGAUUUUACAUUACCAGAAAUUUUGAGAUGUAAUCUCUCCACAGUUGUGCUUCAACUCAAAUCGAUGGGAAUUGAAAAGGUUCACAAAUUUGAUUUCAUGGAUAAACCUCCAAAGGAAUCACUUAAGAAGUCUCUAGAAACUCUUUAUAAUUUGGGUGCCUUAAAUGAUAAAGGUUCACUCACCGAGUUGGGAGUAAAGAUGGCAGGAUUUCCAUUGGAACCCAUGUUUGCUGUCUCACUUUUGAGAUCCACAGAGUUUGGAUGCACCAAAGAAGUUCUCGAUAUUGUCUCUAUGCUCUCAGUGGAAUCUAUUUUCUAUGCUCCUUUCCAUAAAAGAGAAGAGGCCAAUAAGAUCAAGAUGAAGUUUGCUUCAAGAACAGGAGAUCAUUUAACAUUAUUGACAGCAUUUAGAGAAUUUAAUAUAGUGAAAAAGAGUGCAAAAGAAGAUAUCAAAAAGUGGUGCUUUGAUCAUUACAUUAAUUACAAAUCCAUGACCAAAGUGUUGGAAGUGAGAAAACAACUAAGCGACUAUUUACUCAACAUGAAUAUUGAAAUUGUUUCAUGUGGAAAAGACACAGCCAUGGUUCGAAAAGCUCUCUGUGCUGGAUUUUUCACAAAUAUUGCUGUUCGAGUGCCCAACAAGAGAAUGUAUCGAACAGUGACUGAUAACAUUGAGGUGAGAGUACAUCCUUCCAGCGUUCUCCAAGAUCCUUUUCCUGAUUGUGUUCUGUUUAAUCAAAUGAUUCUCACUACCAAACAAUACAUUAGAGAUGUGUGCGCUAUUGAAGGCGAUUGGCUGAAAGAUGUUGUUCCUCCUCAAUACCGAAAUGUGUUGUGGACUCAAACAGCGAACAUGCUCAAAGAGACACAAGAAGCCAAACAAACUGUGGAAGAGAGAACCAAUAAGAACAAACAACAACAAGCAUUCGUUGUGAAACAUACACCUUAA